UGACUUCCCUCACGCUCGAUUUUGCGCGCUUGUAUUUUGUUUCCUGUUUGUGAAACUAACAAAUUCAGAAACACAAAAUUAAGUUUAUAAAAUGUAAUUUUAAUGACAUGCAGUCGGUUUAUUGGGUAAAAACGCGUUUUAAUGGAGACGGAUUUUAAAACCUCAGCAGAAGGAAAACGGAAGGAUCUGAGAGUGGCGCCCUCUAGUGGUCGAGUGAUGUCUGACAGUUUGUCUUUGCCCUCUUAUACUGAAUAUCCAACAGGACGACCCUUCAUUAACACAACUAGACCCAUCUCACAUAAACCUGUGAAAGCUUUUCCUGAGAGCAGUGGUGCAGCAAUUAUUUCAGCACUGAAGAAUCUGCAGGAGAAGAUCCACAGUCUUGAGCUUGAACGCCAUGACGCUCAUCAGAAACUCCAGAGGCUCUCCAGAGAAUCAACAUAUUCACUGAAUACUCAUGAGAAACCACAACACAGCAGAACUGAUGAAGAACCAAAGACCCACGAGCUGUUGUGUCACUUGUCUGCGGCUGAGAGUCGAUGUUCUCGUCUGGAGAGACGCUUGGAUCACAUGAGGAAGACCCUGAGAAACACUGAGUCAGACAGAAGCGCUGUUCUCAGACGACAGGCGUCUCUGGAGCGGUUGGGUUCGGUGGAGCAGACAGAUGUUCAGAGAAAGCUUCUGAAGUUAGAUGUUUUGGAGCAGGAGUAUCAGAGACUGACAGAGACACAGACGCUCGCCGAGAAGAAAAUCAGAGACCUGGAGAGAAAAUUACAAGAGGAGGAACAUCAGAGGAAACUGGUGCAGGAUAAAGCAGCACAGUUGCAGACAGGUCUUGAAGCCAAUCGCAUCCUCAUUCAAUCAGUCUCUCCACGUCCACAUAAAUCCACUAAAGUCAAAAAGCAGAAGAAACAUUCGUCUCAUUCACAGCCGCAUUAUAGACUGAGUUUAGGAGAUGUGCCGUUUGUGACAGGAACGUCGACCGGUUCCAGUCAUUCUGUCCGUGCAAACGUUCAACACGUUCUUCAUCUCAUGAAGCAGCAUCAUCCUCAGCUAUGUAAUGAACGUGUUCUGGGACACGCCCAUCUGGCUGGAGGCUCCACCAAUGAGAGAGGCCGGUCAGGCCAUCAGUCUAGCGGUAACUCCGCCUCUUCCUCCUCUAGCAGCGAAGAGCUGUCAGAUCUGCUGUUGAUGUUACAGGAUGAGUUUGGACACAUGAGCUUUGAACAUCAGGAGUUGGCCAGACAGAUCCAGACUUGUGGGUCAGAUCGGUUGCGGCAGGAUUUGGAGCGUGAGAUGGAAACUCUUGUGAAGAGAAUGGAAAGUAAAGGGGAACAGAUCGCUAAAGUCCGUCGACACCAAACACAGCUGGAGAAGUUGAGGAGACAGUAUAGUAAACAGAGGAAUAUUUCGGCUGACGGCGAGGUUAAAGUCACGACGACAGUAUCGACUCGCGGUCGUUCGGCUACACCAGUACAGGUCACAUCGAAACCAGGUGAGCGCAGCCGAGACAGUCUGCGUCUGCUUAAAGACAUGCGCUCGUUGCAGACAUCACUGCGCUGUGAUCAGAUCAACUGGGAGUUCUGACACCAUAACAUCUAACAGAACAACAACACACGGCUGUCAUCUCAUUUAUACACACAGACAAUUUCACCUGCCUGGAUGAGGUUAAAUAUAAGGACCAAUACGUUUACCGUCUUUGUGAUAAAAUUCUGUGUAUUUUACCACCAUGAGCUGAGCUCUUGCCUUUUACACUUUUCAUUUUGGUUUUAAAGGAAGACCUGUGGUUAUUUUUGCACAACACUGAGCCAUAUACACUGCAAAAAAUGACUUUCUUUCUUUAAUAUUUUUGUCUUGUUUUCAGUACAAAUAUCUAAACAUUCUAAACACAAGAUGAGUUUUCUUAAGCAAAAUUACCUAAAACAUAAACAUAGUUUUUAGACACAAAAUAUAAAAUGUAAGUAAAUUUGUGCUUUAAAAAUUGCCAAUGGGGUGAGAAAAUGUUUCAUGAAUUUGUCUUAAAUUAAGUGUUUAAGAAAAAAGUAAACUUAUUUCAAGAUUUUUUUCUUACUGUAUUGGCAGAUUUAUUUGCUUCUUUGAAGCACAAAUUCGCUUAAAUUUUAUAUUUUUGUUUAAAAACGACUUAUUUGUUUUUAGGUCAUUUUGCUCAUCAAGAAAAUACAUCUUAAUUUAAGAAUUUUUAGAUGUUAGUAUUUUUGUCUUGUUUUAAGUAAAAAGUAAGAAAGACAUUUUUGCAGUGUGUGAUAUUGGUAAAAAUCAAUCUGAUGGUUUACAGGUGAAAUAAACUGAUAAUGAUGUCUCAUUGAAUCAUGAUUCAAAUAAUCUGAGAUUUCUCAUAGUAAUCUAGAGGUUAGGUGACAGUCUGAUGUUUUUAUUUAAAUAUGAUUUAUUUAAGUAUUUGGCCAGUUGUUGUAAUCCACACACAUCAGCAAUAGUGAGGUAUUAUCACAUAGAGGAUAUAAUGAUGAUGCAGCUGAAUUGUAUAUGAGAAUAUAAUGUGUGACAUCUGAUCUACCUCAGUUAAUAAUUCCUGCUUUUCUCCUGAAAUUUUAUUAUUUUACUUUACAUUUUUAAUCUUUCAUAUGUAAAAGUUUUAUUUUUCUUCAUUCCAAAAUUGGAUUAUUGUUUGCUAAGGUUUGGUCUGUUAUAUAUUCAGUUUGCUUGAAUGAUAAAGUGAUGAAACAGGGUUCAACAAUGUUAGAUUCAUUAAAUUAAGCCAUGUCAUGUCAGUUUAUUCAGCUGCAAAAAAUUAUUUUCAAG